AUUUUUUCGAGCUAGGUAGAGAUAGCGCGCGCCAUCGGAAUGGCGACGCAAUCCAGCGCCAUGGAUGGAGAGCCGCCGGCGUCGCAGCAGCAGCAGCAGCAGCAAUCGAUUCCCAGGAGCUUGUCGCGGCCGCAGCUGGAUCUGAGCGGCGCUGCGAUUCAAGGAUCCACGGAGGAUCGAAACCCCAGCAUUCUUCUGCCGAAUCAAAACGACGACAUCAGCCACUUCGCAAUCGACAUAGGAGGCUCGCUUAUCAAGCUGAUAUAUUUUUCGAGGCAUCCCGAGCCUUCUAGCUCCAGAAGAUCGGGGGAGCAGCCAAAAUCUCCCAGCCUUCGCGGUCACUUCUCUGGCGGGCGGCUUCACUUCGUCAAGUUUGAGACCGGGAAAAUCAACGAGUGCCUGGACUUUAUCGAGUCAAAGCGGCUUCAUUGCUGCAAUGAUCCAUUUAGCCGGUCAGAGGAAGGAAUCACAAUUAAGGCCACGGGUGGCGGGGCAUUCAAGUACGCGGACAUGUUCAAGGAACGUUUGGGUGUGACACUCGACAAAGAGGACGAGAUGGAUUGCUUGGUCGCUGGAGCGAAUUUCUUACAAAGAGCUAUCAGAGACGAGGCAUUCACACACUUGGAAGGGAAUAAGCAGUUCGUUCAAAUUGACCAAAGCGAUAUGUUCCCGUACCUUCUCGUUAACAUCGGAUCUGGUGUCAGCAUGAUCAAGGUUGAUGCAGAUGGCCAAUUUCAAAGGGUGAGUGGGACAAAUGUUGGUGGAGGAACCUUUUGGGGCCUUGGCCGAUUGCUAACAGGAUGUAAAACAUUCGACCAGAUAUUGGAGCUAAGCCAGCAAGGUGAUAAUAGUGCCAUCGAUAUGCUUGUAGGAGAUAUCUACGGCGGCCUAGACUACUCGAAGAUUGGAUUGUCUGCGUCAACAAUAGCUUCCAGCUUUGGUAGAGUUAUAUCUGAAACAAAGAGUCUUUCGGAUUACCGUAAAGAGGAUAUUGCCCUUUCCUUACUUCGAAUGAUCUCUUACAACAUUGGUCAGAUUGCUUACUUAAAUGCUAUUAGAUACAAAUUGAAACGCAUAUUUUUUGGAGGCUUUUUUAUUCGCGGGCAUGCAUACACAAUGGACACAAUGUCAUUCGCCAUCUCUUUCUGGUCGAAAGGUGAAGCGCAGGCAAUGUUCUUGAGGCAUGAAGGAUUUCUUGGCGCGCUAGGUGCAUUUUUGAGCUACGACAAACACGGUCUUGCCAACCUGACCGCGCACCAGUUUGUGGAGCGGUUUCCUAUGGGUGCUCCAUACUCCGGGGGAAAUAUUCAUGGCCCUCUUAUUCGGGAUCUAAACGAGAAGAUCACUUGGAUGGAAAAGUUUGUACAAAAGGGUGGAGAAAUUACUGCCCCAGUACCAACAGGUUAUCCAAGCACAACUGGGCUCGGUGGUUUUGAGCGUCCUCUAGGUCGUGCAAGGUCGCUACGUUCUGAUUCAAGUGCAGCACUUAACGUUGGUGUCCUUCACCUAAUACCUUCUCUUGAACCAUUUCCGCUGCUAGCAGAUCCGAAAACGUACGAGCCUAACACCAUUGACUUGGGAGACCUUGAUGAGCGAGAGUAUUGGUUUAACAUUCUUUCCGAACAGCUGCCGAACUUGGUUGAAAAGGCUGUCGCUAGUGAAGGUGGCACCGACAACGCAAAGCGCAGAGGUGACGCUUUUGCACAAGCCUUUCGAGCCCAUCUUGCGAGGUUGAGAGAAGAACCAGCAGCGUAUGGGAAGCUCGGCCUUGCAAACCUUCUAGAACUCAGAGAAGAGUGCCUUCGAGAGUUCCACUUCACGGAUGCGUAUCGAGCAAUCAAGCAAAGGGAAAAUGAAGCAUCCCUGGCGGUUUUGCCUGACCUCUUUUCGGAGCUUGACACCAUGGACACGGAGACAAGAUUACUUACAAUAAUAGAAGGCGUCCUCGCUGCUAACAUUUUUGACUGGGGUUCUCGAGCCUGCGUAGAGCUCUAUCAGAGCGGUACCAUUAUCGAGAUAUACCGCAUGAGUCGCAACAAAAUGCAGCGGCCCUGGAGAGUGGACGACUUUGAUGCGUUUCGAAACAGGUGGAUGUCAGGAAAACCACACUACAGAGCACUGCUUUUCGUCGACAACUCUGGAGCCGAUAUCGUCCUGGGGAUGCUCCCGUUUGCUCGUGAGCUCCUUAGACGCGGCACAGAGGUUGUCCUGGUUGCGAACACGCUCCCUGCAAUCAACGAUGUCACUUACAUGGAGCUUCCAACGGUGGUAGCAGCAGCAGCCACGCAUUGUAGCAUUCUUCGAGAGGCCGCCAUAGCUGGCGGCGUGCUGCUCAAUUCUACUUCUCUCGACGAUCGAUCUGCGACGACGUCCACAGCUCCCAGGCUCAUGGUCGUCCAGAGCGGCUCCGGCAGCCCGUGCCUCGACUUCCGCCAAGUGAGCUCGGAGCUGGCGAUACUCGCCGAGGAGGCGGACCUGAUUGUUUUGGAAGGCAUGGGAAGAUCGUUGCACACGAAUUAUGACGCCCGGUUUACGUGUGAGGCCUUAAAGUUAGCUAUGGUGAAAAACCAGCGCUUGGCAGAGAAACUCUUCAAUGGCGCCAUCUACGACUGCAUAUGCCGCUACGAAGUAGGGCUUAAGGCUUAAGCCGCAUCUUUCGAGGAAUAUUUUGUGCAAUUAAUUUUAAGACGUUAAAAGGAUAUUCUGCUAAA